UACGAGUCCUUCUUCUUCUUGCUUUGAUCGGUAUCUUUCUUGAAGCCCACAGAAUCCGAUCUGCUGAAAGCCUCUAUAAGCUUCCCGAGAUGCGUACCCGUGUUACUGAGAAUUAGAUUUUCAACUUUCUCGUUUCAUGUUCUCGCUCUGUUUGUUUUCAUCUCCUUGCAUCAUUCCACGACCAGACCUUGAGAAUCAGUCGCUUAGUGCUUUUGGUUGGCAAUUCGUGAGUUCUUUGGGACUUCUCUCUUCGGUCAAGAAUGACGCACUAUACGCAUGGAUGUCGUUCACCCACUGUACACACGGCCACUCCUGAUGCAGUGGCACGUAAAUUCAACCAUCCGGUAAUUGAUCUCAACCGUCCACCUCUGGACGAUCCGAUGGACGAUCAUGAUCCGAAUUCAUCCGUCAUCGAUUGCAAGAGUGUUGUCUCUGCUGAUCAAUCUGGCACUCCUCCGUUGCUGUUCAACGGCAGUAUGUUGGUGGAACUCAGCGAGGGACACAAGGUCCACCGCCUUAUCAAAGAGGACUUCUCGAGGCUAGCUGCGCUUGGGAUGCAAGUUACCUUGGUGGCAAUCCACGCGAAUUGCUGCUCUGAUGUCUCGGCAAAAGCACGGUACCAAGCGUUUCAAGUUUACUCAAAGGCAGUGCAGAAGAAAGGCGGCGACAACACUGCCAACGUGAAAUGCGCAUGGUAUGCGGCUUCGAAGGAAGAGGUAUUCAAGAUCUUGUCCAAUGGUUUUGGCUACAGUGGGAGGCCUGAGAACAAUGGCUUGUAUGGUUGUGGAUUUUAUUUUGCUCCUUAUGGUUAUCCUCUUGAAGGUGUAAUAUCCACUCCUUCAGAUGAAGAUGGCCUAAGGCAUCUAUUGCUUUGUCGGGUUAUACUGGGGAAAUCAGAGCUUGUCAGUCCUGGUUCGGAACAAUCUCAUCCCUGUUCGGAAGAGUACGACUCGGCCGGCAACAGCUUAUCUUUUUUGACGAGAUUCAGAAUUCAGAGCAGUCAUCUGAACACUCGCGUGUUGCCGAUGUACAUUGUGAGCUUUAGAUUCCCUUCUUGCUCGAGAGUGGGGGAAGAUUCCAAGGCACGAGCUGAUACAAAAAUUAAGGGAAGUAGCAAGGGAUUGGUUGCUGAUUGA